CUUCUGUUUCCGUUUCCUGCGGAGCUCAGCUGUCUAUUUGGAGAGAAGGGACAGGACGAAAACAAGCUAAUAGGAACGGCGCUGAGCCUGUGUUGCUUUUGCGCUUGUUGCUUUGACCCAACAGCAUAACUGAUAUUUAUAAUUUUACGAACAGAAGCUGUUAAAAUUGUAGUGUCGACAGAAAUGCUUGCGGUGUGACGGGUUAUAUUCUCGUCUGUCAGCUCAAAUGGUCACACACUAACCUUCGCAGCCCGUGUGCAUGCAAGGAUACCGACCCUGUCCUAACCAAUGAUGCAAGGUGUCUGUUCGUGAAAACGCCCUGAUCCAAGUGCCAUGUCUAUAUCUGUUUCAAGACCCAACCCUGUCCAGUUUCAAUGCAAGAAGAAAAACAGAACAAUGGCUGAAGUAAAUGCGUCACCACUGAAGCAUUUUGUCACCGCAAAGAAGAAGAUCAAUGGAAUAUUUGAACAACUUGCGACCUACAUCAAGGAAAGCGCAGCCUUUCUGGAAGAUACUUACAAAAAUGAGCAGCUGGACCCACUGACCACUGAGGAGCAGGUUCAGGAGGUCUGCGGCUACCUGUCCAAGGUGGCAGGGAUAGGAGAAGUGCUAGCACGGAGGCAUAUGAAGGUGGUUUUCUUUGGAAGAACCAGUAACGGGAAGAGUUCUGUGAUCAAUGCCAUGUUAUGUGAUAAAGUUUUGCCAUCUGGAAUUGGACACACAACCAACUGUUUCCUGAGGGUGGAGGGCACAGAUGGCAAUGAAGGCUUCCUGCUCACUGAAGGCUCUGAGGACAGGAAAAGCAUAACGACGGUGAACCAGCUGGCCCAUGCUCUGCUUCAGGAUGUGGAUCUGGACGCUGGCAGUCUGGUCUGCGUCAUGUGGCCUAAAGCAAAGUGUGCUUUACUAAGAGAUGAUUUGGUGCUUUUGGACAGCCCCGGCAUCGACGUCACCACCGAGUUGGACAGCUGGAUCGACAAGUUCUGCCUUGAUGCAGAUGUGUUUGUUCUAGUAGCAAACUCUGAAUCCACGCUCAUGCAAACAGAGAAGUCCUUCUUUCAUAAAGUCAAUCAGCGUCUCUCCAGUCCUAAUGUUUUUAUCCUCAACAACCGCUGGGAUGCCUCUGCCUCAGAGCCAGAAUAUAUGGAGGAGGUUCGCAGACAGCAUAUGGACCGCUGCACUAAUUUUCUUGUGGAUGAGUUGGGCGUUGUUGACAGAGCCCAGGCCAGCGACCGCAUCUUCUUCGUCUCAGCUAAAGAAGUGCUUCAGGCUCGUGUGCAGAAGGCCCAAGGGAUGCCUGAAUCAGGUGGCGCUCUAGCUGAGGGAUUUCAAGCCCGAAUGUUUGAGUUCCAAAACUUUGAGAGGCGAUUUGAAGAGUGCAUAUCUCAGUCUGCGGUGAAGACCAAGUUCGAACAGCACACAGUAAGAGCUAAGCAAAUAUCUGAAGCUCUGCGGCGCAUUAUGGACUUGGUGCAUGUAGCUGCCCAAGAACAGAGACUCUACUGCUUGGAGACAAAAGAGGAUCGUCAACAACGGCUGGAGUUUAUAGAGAAACAACUGGAUCUGUUGACUAUGGACUGCAAGGCUAAGAUCAAGAGGAUUACAGAGGAUGUGGAGAGACAGGUAACUAACACUAUGGCAGAGGAAAUAAGGAAGCUUCAUGUCCUAGUGGAUGACUUCCACAUGGACUUCCACCCGUCACCUGUCGUCCUCAAGGUCUACAAAAAUGAACUCCAUCGCCACAUAGAGGACGGUCUGGGGAAGACCAUGUCCGAAAGGUGCUCAAGCUCCAUCACGAACGCCCUGCAGGCCACACAAAUGGAGAUGAUAGAGGGCCUGAAGCCUCUGCUGCCAAAUUCGAUCAGAGAGCAGGCCAACAAGAUUAUUCCUCGUCAGUUCUUCAACCUUACAUACGACCUGGCCUGUGACAAGCUCUGUAGUGAUUUUCAAGAGGAUAUCAGCUUCCACUUUUCCCUUGGUUGGACCAUGCUUGUCAACCGGUUUCUAGGGCCCAAGAACACCCGACGGGCCCUCAUGGGCUACAGCGACCAGGUUCCUCGGCCCAUGGCCCUAACACCAGUCAGCACCAGCAUGCCUCCAUUCCCACAAAGUUCUGUGACUCAGGAAGAGCUCAUGGUCACCAUGGUGACAGGUCUCGCAUCUCUUACGUCGCGUACUUCCAUGGGUGUCCUUGUGGUCGGCGGUGUGAUUUGGAAGGCAGUGGGAUGGCGCCUGAUUGCGUUGUCACUGGGUCUUUAUGGGCUUCUCUACGUCUACGAGCGACUCACAUGGACUACCAAAGCCAAAGAGAGAGCCUUCAAGCGACAGUUUGUGGACUACGCCAGUGAGAAGCUGCAGCUAAUUGUCAGCUACACUGGAUCCAACUGCAGCCACCAAGUCCAGCAAGAGCUGACAGGCGUGUUUGCACAGCUGUGCCAGCAGGUAGACGUCACCCGUCAGAACCUCGAUGAUGAAGUGAAUGAAAUGAACAGGAAGAUUGAGCUCUUGGACAAUCUACAGAGCAAGGCUAAACUUCUACGGUAAGAUGUGUUUGGAGUUACAGGAUGGGCAACAUGUCGGCGUCUUCGCU